AUGGGAGGUGCUAAUAACAACGGCGACGAUGCAUCAAUGGCCGGCGGCGGAGCCCAGCAGGCGGGUUUGGCUCCGGCGCCAGCACCGUUACUGAACUCGAACGCGCCGCCGCCGUUUCUGAGCAAGACGUACGACAUGGUGGACGACCCGGCGACCGACCAGGUUGUGUCGUGGAGCCCCACCAACAACAGCUUCGUGGUUUGGAACCCGCCGGAGUUUGCUAGGGACCUUCUGCCCAAGUACUUCAAGCACAAUAACUUCUCCAGCUUUGUGAGGCAGUUGAACACCUAUGGAUUUAGGAAGGUUGACCCAGACCGCUGGGAAUUUGCAAAUGAGGGCUUUUUGAGGGGUCAGAAGCAUCUCCUUAAGAGUAUCAACCGGCGAAAACCUGCGCAUGGACAUAGUCAUCAACAGCCACAGCCAUCACAAGGACAGAAUUCAGUGGCUGCGUGUGUAGAGGUUGGGAAGUUUGGCCUUGAGGAAGAAGUUGAGAGGCUAAAAAGGGACAAGAAUGUGCUUAUGCAGGAACUUAUCAAGUUGAGGCAGCAGCAACAGUCUACUGAUAACCAGCUGCAAGCAAUGGUGCAACGUCUUCAGGGUAUGGAACAGCGGCAGCAACAGAUGAUGUCAUUCCUUGCAAAGGCUGUGCAGAGCCCAAGUUUCUUGACUCAGUUUGUACAGCAGCAGAAUGAGAGCAAUAGGCGCAUAAUUGAAGUCAACAAAAAACGGAGGCUCAAGCAGGAUGAGGGCGGGGACUCUGGUACUCCUGAUGGACAGAUUGUGAAGUAUCAGCCUCCAGUGAAUGAAGCUGCAAAGGCAAUGCUCAGGCAGAUUAUGACAACAGAUACUUCUUCUUCCCGGCUGGAAUCUUUUAAUGACACCCCUGAUAACAUCCUGACUGGGAAUGGCUCAUCAUCAUCAUCCAGUUUAAUAGACAGUGGGAGCUCUUCAAGCCGUGCGUCAGGAGUGACCCUUCAAGAAGUCCCACUGACUUCAGGGCUUGGUUCAUCAUCUGCAAUUUCUGAAGUACAAUCUUCUCUACAGGCUGCAAACUCUGGAACAGUUACGAGAGCUCCAUUCUCAGAUAUAAAUGCCCUCGUUGGAGCACAAGAGGCACAAUCAAUCCCUAUUUCUCAGGCAGGUGUAAUCAUCCCCGAGCUUUCUCAAAUACCGGAAAUGGUACCCGAAUGUUUAGUUGAUAUUCCUGAAGAAAACAUGGCACCUGAUGCGGGUGUUGGAUUUAUUGAAAACAUGGCAUCUGACGCAGGUGAUGGAUUUAUUGGCGACAUAUUGGGAUUGGAUGGGUCAAUGACCAUAGACAUUGAUAGUAUUCCUCCUGAUCCUGACAUAGAAGCAUUGCUAAAGAAUUGGGAUCAAUUUUUACAAAGUCCAGAGCCAGAUGAAAUGGAUUCUACUUCUGCAGGAGUGCCCAUGGGAAAUGAAGAGCAGCCGUCAACAGAGAAUGGAUGGGACAAAACCCAGCAUAAUAUGGAUAACCUUACUGAAAAAAUGGAACGUCUUACUUCAGAUACCAAAGGGGUUUGA